AUGUCAAACUCAACCAACAUAACCAGCAACCCGGCGGAUGCGUGCCCGAGCACCCUUGGAUGGUACGCUCCCGACACAUGGAGAAAUUCAACCUCCUCGAACUUUUCACAGGCCGCAUGUGCCGCCCCAGCCUGUGACAACUUUCCGAUGAAGUUGGCCGAAUGCUGUGGACGCCCACACAAUGUCCUCCAAUACUUCGACACGAGAAUAGGCCCAUACGCUUCUUGUGCACUUGCCGAUAACAACGACACUGCAGCCUACCAAGCUUUCCAGAGUUGUUUGGCCGAUCAAGAAGUCAGAGGUUUCAGAUGUAACAGCCAAGAUGGCUUCGCCGUCGAGUCUGGUUGCGGAGCCGGUAUCUCAGAAGCCCCCAUCAACAAUACCGACUGGCCAAACCAGCAGACCUGCAGUCUGCCCAUUUCUGUCAAUGCCACUAGAGCUAUGAAGAAGUGCUGUUCGAACUAUGGUAAUAACGGUGAAGGCUUGGUUGUCUUUUCCGAGGGAUGCAGCAUUGGCUGCAUGUCUAAUUCGACCAAUGGUACUUUCAACGACUGUAUCGGGGACAACUACAACAACCCACAGGGCUACCUUUGUACUAUCAAUGAUGGUAGGGAGAACCCUAAUACCGGUGUCGGUGCUCAGGCUUCGCCAUCUCUGGUUGGCGUCUUCACAGUUCUGUUGUUGGGAUCGUCGAUGUUGUUACUUUGA